AUGAGGAGUGACGUGGCACGUCUAAGGUGUGGGAAGACGAUUCCAUUGCUUGGAAUGGGAACUUAUUGUCCUCAAAAAGAUCGAGAGAGCACCAUCUCAGCCGUCCAUCAAGCCAUCAAGAUAGGGUAUAGACAUUUUGACACAGCAAAAAUAUAUGGAUCAGAAGAAGCUCUAGGAACUGCAUUGGGACAAGCUAUCGCUUGUGGAACUGUCCAGAGAGAAGAUAUCUUUGUCACUUCAAAGUUAUGGUCUAGUGAUCACCAUGACCCUAUCUCUGCCCUUACACAAACUCUCAAGACAAUGGGGCUAGAGUAUCUAGAUAGUUACUUGGUGCAUUGGCCAAUAAAGCUAAAGCCAGGAGUGAGUGAGCCUAUCCCAAAGGAAGAAGAGUUUGAGAAAGAUUUGGGGAUUGAAGAAACUUGGCAAGGCAUGGAGAGAUGCUUUGAGAUGGGUCUGUGUAGAUCAAUUGGUGUUAGCAACUUCUCAUCUAAAAAGAUUUUCGAUCUCCUCGAUUUCGCUUCCGUCUCUCCUUCAGUUAACCAGGUGGAGAUGCAUCCAUUGUGGAGACAAAGCAAGCUAAGGAAAGUGUGUGAAGAGAACAGGAUCCAUGUCAGUGGAUAUUCACCACUUGGUGGGCCAGGGAAUUGUUGGGGAUCAACAGCUGUGAUUGAACAUCCUGUCAUCAAAUCCAUUGCUCUCAAGCAUAAUGCCACUCCAGCUCAGGUGGCUCUGAGGUGGGGAAUGUCAAAAGGGGCAAGUGUGGUAGUGAAAAGUUUUAAUGGAGCAAGAAUGAGAGAGAAUAAGAGAGUAUCAGAGAUUAAAUUGGAUGAUCAAGACUUGUCACUCAUUGACCAAUUGGAGGAACGGAAGAUCAUGAGAGGAGAUUUCCUUGUUAAUCAGACCACUAGCCCUUACAAAUCCAUCCAACAACUUUGGGAUGAUGAGAUUUAAUUGACUAGGGUUUCACACUAUAUUUAAUCCAAAAUGUAAUUUCAUCUCGACA